AUGCCAGCCCUAUCUAAUGAUCUCUACGAGUCAAUUCUUCGUGAUCAGGCGAAGAAAAAUCUUGAACGACUGUCAGCUUUUGAACCACCACCCACACCACCUCAGCCACAUCUCGAGUCGCCCUCAAGUCACCAGGUGCACAAGACAGAAAUACAGAAGGUCACUUGGGCGGUAACCUCUUCUUUGAAUCAGACGACAAAACCUUCGGGGAUCUGGUCUACACUAAGGCUUUGGGUCGCAAAAGUGUUCGCAACAUGGGUCGGUGAAUUCGCAGGAAUUCUCGGGGCGCCUCGAAUCCUGGAUUUCGGUCUCACCUUGAAACUCUUCACAAGAUGGAGCGAAGACAACAUCGACGCUAUCGACGCUGCCAAACAAAGGCAGGUUUUCGGAGGCAAAUCAGAUAUUAAUUGGGAAACUACCUUUUUGCCUUUCAUGGAGAGCAUAGGCAUGUACCUGCGGGACGUGCAAGCCCACAAAGAUGCGUGGGUGAAGUACCGAACCUUUAAAGAUGGCGGCCGCAAGGGGCUCGCAUCCGAGGCUAUCGACUUGUACGUUGCAGCCCACAGCGAGAUAGACAAGCUUGCUCAAGUCUGGGGCAUGCGUUUUCCCCCAAUCUGCGACUUAUGCGACCUCUCUCCAAACGGGCAACCGCGGUUUGACGGACCAUAUUGCGGCAUGUUCUUCACAACCGAACAUCAGUCAGACAAACCCUUCAUCGGGGUCGCAUUCAAAGGCACCAGCCCAAUCAACCUCAAGGAGUGGGCCGUGGACUUCAAUUACCAGCUGACUCCUACUGCACAAGAAUACUUCGGCGGCACACAGGCUCCCGUGUCACAAGGGGUGUAUACGAGUCUCUUUGGAAGUUACCCUGGGAAGGGAGUCCCAUACCAGCAGAUCCUCAAGGCGACACGCUUUGCAGCCAGCAAGCUACCGAACACGAGCGCAAUGGCGGUUCCCCUGCACGUCACAGGCCACUCCCUUGGGGGCUCUUACUCGACGCUCUGCUACACACAGCUCCUGAUCGAUGUUGCGCCAUCGAACCCGACCGCUGGGCAGCUGAUGAUGGGCGAUGAGUACACAUUCGGGGCGCCGCGCAUCGGCUCCAACGAAUGGGCCGGACUGAGCACCACGCUGGUCAACGUACAGCGCGGCCGAUCUUGGAGGAUCGUGAACAACCAUGAUCUCGUUCCUCAGGUGCCCCCGACGACGCUCCAGCGCAAGCAACGGGACUUCCAUCACGUCGACACGGGGGUCCAUAUAUGGCCUUAUAAGGGACCCCAACAAACCCCAAGUGAAAUUGACAAGCCGAAUCCGAAGUGCUAUCCUAUCUACAGCCUCCUGUACCUGAUACCAAGUCUUAUAAUGGUGUUGGACCAUCGUAAGUCCUGGCGCCCAAUGAAGGACAAGCAUGCAUCGUUUUUCUAA